AUGGCGCGUCUCCCGACGCGUUUCCUCCUCCUCCAGACGGUGGUGGUGUCUCUCGCCCGUGCGCGCCAGCUCGUCACGCUGAGCGAGUUCGCAAAAGUGGCGCUCCUCACGCCGACGACGCUGCGGGCCGCGUCGCUCUCCGUCGCCUGCCCGCUCGUAUGCUCGGCAGCCGGCGUGGUGGGGAACGACUUUGACCCGGCGCUCCUCUCGCUCAUCAUCGCCGUCCCCAGUUCCAUCUCCAUCAACGCCGCGUACACGCGCCGCGAGCGCGCGCUGACCUGCCUCGCACGCUUCCGCUCCGCGACGUACGCGCUGCACCACUCGAUCCAGCGGUGGGGGCGGCCGGCGGACCGCUCGCGCAUCCAGCGCGAGAAUGCGGCGCUGUAUGAGAGCCUCUGCGUCGGCCUCGAGUCUGGCGGCGACGACAUCAUGUUUCGCGACGUCUUCCGACAUCUCGAGGAGAUCGGCGAGGCGCAACCGCCCUUCUCCUCCUCCUCCUCCACCACCAUUGACAUGCAGCGUGGCGCCACCCUCUUCCCGGUCCUCUUCGGUCCGUACGUCGCCAACGCCGUCGGCGCCGGCAGCGUGCUCGACACGUGGUCAGCGUACCUCGUCUCGUUCCUGCUCGCCGUGACGAUCGGCUCGCUCGUCUCGAUCCAGGAGGCGCUAGAGGAUUGCUUCGACGGCGACGCGCGCCUCGAUGACAUUGCUUUGCCGCCGUUCGCGCCGCCGGGCUUCUUGCUCUGGCGGAGCGACAUGUCGCGCGAGAACAGGGACUUGGUCAACCCGCCGGGAGGGUGGUAGGCGUAUCUGGAAAAAGCCAAAUCCAAUAGC